AUGGAACUCGAAAGUAGACAACAAUAUAUGAUAGACAAACAAAACGAGUUAAAAGUAAAACUAGAACAAUAUAAUAAAUGUAAGAAAAGAUGGAUUAGAGUUUAUUCUGUUUUCAAAACACUGAGUGUAGUUCUAACAGUAGGAACAACAGUUGCAACGGCCUUAAUUGGUGGAUUAAUGGUUCCACUACAUAUCCCAACUUUAUUAGCAACAAUUACUGCUAUUCAAACUUCAUCUUGUGGGUUGAUUGCUAAAGGAAAAAUUGAAAUAGAUGGAGAGAUAUUUCAAGAUGGAAAACACAAACAAGAUAUGCAUCUUGUUGGUUUCAAUGGUAAAUCUUUUCACAAAAUCUUUUCUAGAAUGGAUUUAGAAUCUGAUGCUUUUGAUUGGUAUUUUACAAGAAGAAUCCUUUUACGUAAAGACAAUUUUAAUGAAAUUAAAAGAUCAAAAGUUGGAAGAGGAACUGAACUACUCAAAAAAAUAAAUGAAUAUAUAGGUAAAAAUUGUUACAUACCAACAUAUGGUAACUGUUUUAUCAAAUGUGUAAACUAUGUUUUAAACAAAGAUUUAACAAAUGAAUUUCAAAAUUUCAUCAAUGGUUUCUCAAAAUCAAAUAGAAAAGGAGUAAUGACAUUUGCUAGAAUUAAUGAAUUCAAUAAGAAAUGUGAUACUUCAUUUCAAAUUUAUACUCAUAAUAAUAGAAAUUUGCGCCCCACUAUUGAAAAAGAGGAAUUAGAUUGGGUUUUAUGCUUUUUAUUUGCUUGGGAUUGUGAAACAUAUUCAGAAAAGUGA